UUUCCUUUUGUCCUCACGCAAAAGAACGACUUUGUUACGAAUGAGUUUUUUGACACGACUAGUGUUCCGUAAUCUUAAUUGUGGGUAAUUAUUUACUUUUACUAUGACUUAUAUUACUCACUGGUUGCUAUUGACGGCGCUAAACGAUUUUUUUUUUUAACUAUCAACGGCCUUUGUCAGCUGACGUAACGCUUCCAACAGCUGCAGUGCAUUGUGGGCCGAAUCGCCAUUUUGGAGGGUCACUCAUUGUAAACAACUGAACAGUGAGGAUCGUCUCUGCUCUCAUCAUUGUCUUUGAUAAAAUGGGACACUCGUGUUGUGUGAUAGGCUGCCAUACUAAAUCACACGGCAGAAAUGGCUGCAAAAUUGACCACGACGUAAGAUUUUUUCGUUUUCCCACUUGGAAAAGAGGUUAUGGACAGCAGGUUGGGGAACUAACGAAGCGGCGUCGGAUGGCCUGGGUUGCAGCGGUGAGACGGAAGGGCAUCACUUUCGACGCCAUAUCUCCCUUCAUGCGCGUUUGCUCUCGGCAUUUUCAUAAAGGUGAACCAGCUUAUGAAAUGAUGGAGACUGACCCAGACUGGGCACCAUCCCUACAUCUUGGACACACAUCUGUUACACCGACAAACAUUGCACGCGCUGCAAGACGAAGUAGGCGUGAGCAGCUACAGAAAGAGAGAUGGCAAGCAGCAGAGAUGGGGGUUCGGCAGGAUGCAAAGAUUGAAGAGGUGCAGACCAAGGAGGAACCAUCUGAGCCUGAUGAAAUAAACAGUCACCAACCGAAUGGAGAGAGGACACCUGAUGCUGGAGAAGAAAGUGGUCAGCUACAGACUAAAGAGGGGACACAUGAAGCUGGAGAAGAUCAUCUAAUCACAGAGGCUGAGACGCACAACACCAGCCAGGAUGUGACACAGACUGAAUGUGACCUGUGUGUGCUCAGGCGUGCCGAGGUAAACCGUCUGUUGGAUGAAAACAGAGAGCUGCGGCGUGAACUUAAUGAGCGCAGGAUGUCUGACGAUUUCUUCGGAGAGGAUGAUGAAAAAGUAAAGUACUACACCGGUCUGCCAAAUCUGGGAACCUUUAUGGCAUUAUUCCGAUUUUUGAUGCCCCUCAUGCCCAGUCAAAAUAAAAUUCUCACUCCCUUUCAAAUGCUCCUCUUAACCUUCAUGCGCCUUCGAUUGGAUCUGCCUGCGCAACACCUAGCUCAUCUGUUUCGGGUUUCCCCAAAGACAGUGUACAGAACAUUCAAUGAAAUUGUGUCUUUUUUGUAUGCAAACUUGAGACGUUCGAUUGUAUGGCCAGAUAGAGACACUCUGCACACAAUUAUGCCUCACCAGUUUGUGGAGGCCUUUGGACACAGAGUGGUAGUGAUUAUUGACUGUUUAGAAAUGUUCACAGAGAAACCAUCAAAUCUGAAAGCACGUGCCCAAAUGUUUUCCAGCUACAAGCACCACCACACUUUGAAGUACUUAAUAGGUAUUACACCCAAGGGAGCCAUUUGUUUCUUAUCAAAAGGCUGGGGAGGUCGUACAAAUGACAAACAUAUAACCCUGAACAGUGGUUUUCUUGAUAAUUUGUUACCUGGGGACAUUGUCUUGGCUGACAGAGGUUUUGACAUACAGGAAUGUGUAGGCAUGUUGUGUGCAGAGGUCCAACUCCCAGAAUUUACAAACGGCAGCUGUCAGUUAGCAGCUAGAGAUGUGGAGGAAACAAGGAAAAUAGCACAUUUGAGAACCCAUGUUAAAAGGGUCACCGGAAAUGUUUGUCAGAAGUAUAAGAUUUUAACAGGAACCAUACCCAUAAAAAUGAUUCUUACAUGUGAAGGUGAAGAAGCCACAAUGUUGGAUAAGGUUGUCACUGUGUGCUGUGCCCUGACAAACCAUUGCCCAACAAUAGUUUAGUACAAUGUUUUCUUUUUGUACUAUUUGUGCAAGCAAAGUUUUUAUGUUUUUAGAUGACUUAAACCUGUUUAAUAAAGGAUGUCAAAGACAAUUUUGAAGUCUUCUU